AUGGCGUUCAACAGAGGUCGCCCACUUUGCGCCUGGCGCACAAAGCUCUUCUGCCUUAUGGCCCAUUUCACUAUAGCCUUCGUAUGGGCUGCAGAAGAUCAAGAGGAUUCGUCGGAGUCAGGCGAUUCUUCGACUUUUGACGAUGUGGCACCACACAUGGCUCCACUCUUAACUUCGAACCUCAUGUUGGACCCUCAAAACAGGCUUGGCGAGACAUCGGUCACCGAACUCGCCGACUUAGUGAAGCGCCUUGAGCAUGCAGAGGACGAGAUGUGGUCGACUGUAGAGAAGGACCAUGACCUCAUGAAGGAGCUGGCUCAUAUACCCCUAAAUUCGUUGGAGUUUGGAAAGCAGCAGACUGAUGCCAUAGAGAGAGUUAUAAACGGACUCAAGCGGAAGAUUGCCAUGUUCAGGUGGCAGUAUCGCGAACUGCUGGAGCUAAUAAGCUCAACCGCCAUCCAGAACGCCGGGGUCACCAGGGAGCGGCUUGGGAAGCUACGGAUGCGGGUGAGCGACGCUGUACGCAUGGUGUCUGUUAUUGCAUUGGAGGAAUUUGGGGCAUUCGCCAGUCGCCUGAAAUCCACGCCUAAGGAGCGAGUUCUGCUGGCUCGCGAGUAUGGCGCUGAAAUGGCACUCAGCACUCAUCGAGUGGAGCUCAUGGAAAAGAAGUACAAACAGCUGUGCGACGCGUAUGAUAAAAUCGUGGACCGCGUACAGCACUGGGAUAAAGAACUAACUGCCCAUUCCAUCAGAAUGUCCGAAAGGGCAAUGGAGGAAAUGCGCAUUCAGAUGGACAGCUACGCUAGUGCUGCAGGAGCUGCAAUGUCCGUCAAGGAAACGGAGUUCACGCGUUUCGUGAAGAACUCGAGAAUGGAAGAGCUUUACUUUCAGUCAAUCAUCGAGGACUGCACCGAGCAACUCAGUUCAAAGGGAGUUGCUGUCAUUGAUGUCAGUAAGGCAAGGGACCCAACUAAUCCGGGGAUCACCACAGCGGGCGGUUGGAUCAGCAAAAUAAUCGAGGCCAUCUCAUCGCUAAACUCAUCUUGGGCCAUCUACCCUGCGUUUGUGCAUGUGGACGAGCAAGACACGAGGUAUCCUGGGGGCUCUAGUCGACUGCAGCUUCAGCCGUCAGUGCGAACGAUUCAGGCUGCAGUGGAGCCAUUGUUUAAGGAGCCAGGCUUAUCUCAGUACUCCGUAAUUUCAAUUAGUCAACUAUUGACACGCAUUGUUGUCGCAUCAACCAAUGUUGCUGGAAUGGCUGUCUCGCCGGUUUCGGUUUUUGCUUCAACUGAGCCUGCUGUUGUAACGUCGGCGAAACAUUUUGGUUUUCACUUCACUCGACGUCUGACACACCUUAAGGCAUCAGACUUCAGCAUCACGAGCAACGACCAGAAGGUUCUUAUCGCCUAUGUCGGCCAGACCCCGCGUGAGUCAACACCCGACACCAGAGUGGCCGAAUUUAAAGGCAACGAGAUGAAUUUGGGCUGGCUUUCUCAGUUAGGCACCGCCAUCGUUUCGUUUUUGUCAUUUGAUGCAACCGGCCCUUUCGAAUUGCUCGAGCUGCGAUCGCGAGUUAGGAAUGAGCUUGCUUAUGUGGCCGCAAUCGAACGCAACACAAGUACACGGCUGCUAUCUGGGGCCCUAGCCAGCAGCUACGAUACACUUUUGGCUGAAGGAGAUUCGGACCUCGGAUACUUCAAGCUCUUCGAGAGGCACAACACGGCAGUAUUCGUGGGAAUUACGUCGUUGCCACCGUUGCAACUGCCACUGUCUUCCUUCCUAAGGGCAGCUGCAUUUAUCAUGCGAAUCGAAGUUGCACGCUCCGCUUAUGGACAAAGAGAAUAUGUGGUGCCCUCAAGGGAUACUGUCCUGCAAGCCCUGACUCAUCUCCUCCUUUACCCCAUGAUGGGAGACGCCCAGGCGCUCGUUCGCACACAGCUGAAGCGAGACACACGGUUUCCGUUUCUCCGCGUCAAGUCUGGCGUAUCAUUAGGCUACCUGAUAACAUCUCAGAGACGAAUUCUGCUCGGACGGGACCAUCUUGCAGAUCUCAGAAGUCAGCACGUUCGGAGGAACUCGAUGGUGGCGACUCUGACGUCAUACGUUUCCACUGAUUUCAUUCCACAGAAUGUGGAAUCUCUUAGAGGCAAGUUGGAUGGCCGUUUGCUCUAUGUGCAGGUUUGCAUUAUCGGUGAACAGUGCAACUGA